UGAAGUCCAAGCUAGCAGUUAACUCUGAUACUACACCCGAGCUUGUGGUCCACGAGUAUUACAGAUCAUAUGUAAAAUAUCUAAAUAAUCACUCAACACUAUUUGUGCACCACCUAUCAGUAAUACGUGUUUCAACUCAAUCUCAACCCCAAGAUAAAGAGAGUAUCGUUUGCUAUUAACGUGCAUAACUUACUCCAUAAACUUUCUUUGAUAUUACAUAUAUUUUAUUAUAUUUCUUAUCACUGUGUUAUAAAUUAACCAGCGCUUAUUUUAUUUGAAUUAUAUUUCACCGUGGAUUAAUUUCAGCAUGCAAACUACCUCAAGCUACUGAGUAAUGCGCUGAAUUAAGACUCAACCGGAAGUGACAUUUAAAAUUUUAUAAUUAUAGUGCCCGUUUAUUUUUUUUUUUAAACAUUUUGUUUUGUGUUAUCAUUAAAAGUUCAGUUGUCUGCAGAAUUAUAAAUUUCUAUGUGUAUUGAACUGUAUUAAUAAUUCAAAUGAGAACGACACCCUGUUAUCACAUCACCCAUUUAAUUAACUGUAACAAUUGGUUCAUCACUUGUUGCAAUUUAAAACGACUCAAUGUUUUUACAUUGACGUCAUCCAAGUUAUUAUCAUAAUAAAUUGAAAUUGGAUCAGCAGUGAGAUUUUUUAAAUGUAGAAACAUUUAUUUGUAAUCCAUAAAAUACUACAUGUAAAACUAUAUGAUGUAUAAAAAAGUGCCGUGAACUAUAAUGAACAUUUUAUAUUUAUUUUAUUCAUUUUUUUUUUGCUUGUGCUUUUAACUUUGUGCUUUUAAAUCACUAAAAUAUACUGUGUAUGAACAUUAGUGAGAAAGAAAAAAAAAUUGAUAAAGAGAAAUACAAACGAUGCAGUAAAUAAAAGAAAAGAGGCAUUAGAAAGCCUUUAGUACAACUAGUACAUUUUUCAAAUGAUGCUAGUGCUUUUUUUGUGUGUAAUAAUGAAGAUAGCAGAGUUAUCAGUUGGGCGUGUAAGCCCGACUUUGUCAUCAAGACAUUCGCCUCCUUACUAUAUUCAUAAUUUUAAUAAUUAUAAUGACAAUAAUAACAACAAACUAAAGCGACGCAAUAAAAUUCAAAAAUGGAUAAAUGUUAACAAUAAAUAUCAAUACAACAACAAAAAACGUUCUGGUAAGAAAGCUGCAAUGAUGGAAGAUCCACAGACUCCCGGUUCGGAUUGUAAUUCCAAUCCAGCAGAUCCUAUUUCUCAGGAUCUCAUAAGCUCGGAAUUUAUUCAAGAUAACUCUGACUAUCAGUGGUUUAUUGAUUAUGGAUAUCGAGAUGGGGGAUUACACGUCCAUCCAAGCGUACUUUCAUCACUUUCUACUUCUUAUACUCAAGAAGACUUGGGUUACUACGACGACUUGGCAAGAAAUCUGGAUGCCAAUCUUGCUGAAGUUGAUAUGGAGAGUUUUCGAACAGCAGAUAUACAUACUUUGCUUACAGCUUUACCUGUUAUGUGCACCGAUCCUAUUCAACAGUCAGAGUUUAACUAUCAAAGGGAACGUUAUGCCAGUAUAUCUGGUUCAGUGAUGGAAAAAAUCGACAUUGGUUCGUCAAUAAGUCCUCAUACCAGCAGUCAGGGAGAAGAUUCAGCAUGUUCUACUGCGGAUACUAUUUCAAUCUGCAAGUCAUCGUUACUUUUUUCACCUGUGAAAGAAACACCAGUAUUGCCACCGGGUGGUAGUUAUAGUGUUGAUUCUCUUGACUGCGAAGACAUGUUAUUGACGUGUCAGGCUAAUAACAAAAAUAAUUAUACAAUCGCUUUUGAAGGCAGCAUGACAAUGUACUCUGAUGGCUCACAAGUUGAUUUUGAGAGUCAAGAUAAACAUAAAGCAUAUGAAGUUCGAGAAAAUUAUUACAAUCCAAGUAAAAUAGAUUUAAAAAAUAUAUUGGAUUAUUCAAUGGCUUGUUCAGAUUCAAAAAUUUACACGACUUGGAGUAAUUUAAAACAUUUAUCGGCAAAUAAAGUUAUGAAACGUCAUGGGUCUGGUAAUAAUAACACAAUGCCAAAUUUUCUUCAAGCAACAGCAGCAACAAUACCAGCAACAGUUAUGUUAAAUUCAACCAAAAGGAGUUUAAGUUUACCAGAUUUAAGAAAAACCCGUGAUUUAGAACAAAUAAAUAUUCCAUUAAAUUUUUCAAUGGACUCUGCAGAAUCACAUCAUCAACAUUCGCACAGUUCUGGUUCGGUAAUGAGUAGAUCUGUAAAUGAAAGUUCAAAUAGUAACACAUCAGCGGGUAAAAAAAUUCAAAAUAUGAGUCUCGUUAAAUUAUUUAUUAAACAAAAAAGUAUGAGUGCUGAAGGUAUGAGUUUGACACUCGAUCAGUCUGAUUCAGCAAGUGAUAAUGGUUGGCCUACAAGUAAUAGCAGCAGUGAGAGCAGAACAAAUACAAAUACACAGAUACAAAUUAAUCAUCAUAAUAAUAUUAAUGAUACAUGUAAAAAUAACAUUCCAGACAAUGACUUUUCAAUAAACUGGGUUAAAACAGACUGUUAUAAAAGUACUGAAACAAUGAGCCAUGACGGUAGUUCCAGUAAUACAUCAAAACGUGUGCCAUCAAUUAAAGAAAUGAAACAAGAAUCACCAUCUGUUGAAGAAUUGUCUGAGAGUAUUUUAAAAUCCGAAAUAAUGAAUGAUAAAAUCCAAUCAGAAUUACUGCAGUUAAAAGAUAAUAAUAUCAAAAAAGUAUGGAAUAAAUCAUCAGAACAAGAAACAAUACCAAUAUCUAAAACAACUGGUAUACAAACGAUUAAAGAAGUUGAAGAUAAUGCUGUACAGACAUCACUUAUUUAUAACUUAUCAUCUAAAAAUGAUUAUUAUCCAUAUUUACGUGAAACAUUCGUUGAUAAAAAGCCAGUUUAUGUGGUCUAUCCAAAUUAUGCAUUACCAGAUUUAUCAUUUUUAAAUAACAAACAAGUAAAACUUGAUAAUGUGGCAUUGAAACCACAAGAAAGAGUGAGUCUUAAAAAAACUGGACGAAACAAUAGACCAUUUUCUUGUAAUGACAUUGAAUCACUGAAACAACGUGGAUUUUCUCAUGUUAAAGAUUGGGAAUCAUUGACAUUUUUAUUACCAACAGAGUAUCGUAAAGUUUUACAUGACGUUCCUGAAGUACCCAGACACAUUAAAUUGUCUGAAGAAAAUAAAAAACCUCUAUUUUGUUUAUCUCCACCAAUGCGACACAAAGGAGUUGGACGUAAUGCAGCAGCAGCAGCAGCAACAACAAAUGAAAUUUUACCGACAAAUAUAUCAUCUAGUAGUAGUACUGGUACACAACCAUCAUCAGGUUAUCGCGGAUCGUCAACAAUUCUCAGCGAUUCCUCAUCAAAUCAACAGACAAGUACCAAUCCACUUUAUCUUUAUCGUUAUGACAGCGGUAGCUCUGAAAAUAGUUUAAUAAGCCAUGAUAAAAAGUCGUCACACCGACCUGGCAGUAGUGUGAGUCAAAGAACUGGUAAUACUGGAUUUUCAAAACGAUCUAUUUCUUUACCACAUGGAGAAAAAGAAAAUAAUAUUGAGUACACUGGCAAAGUACCACCGCGGCCUCCUUUACCUCGAAGUAUUUUACGUAAAAAUAGAUCAGCGACAAAUAAAAGAUACAGCAUGUUUGAAAUGGGCGGAGUUGAAGAAGUUGAUGAUCAUUUAAAAUCCGAAGCUGAAUCAAAUAAACGAAUGUCACUACAAGAACCGUAUUAUAUUAAUAAUGAUUUACAAUUAUUACGUCACGGGCGUAUUAUUGAUUCUGACAAAGACGUCGAUGAAGUUGAAGAGAAACGUUACGCAGAACAUAUGAGAGAAGUUGGCAAUUAUGGUAUUGCUGAGACAAUUGAUGUUGAAUCAAGUGGUGAUGAUGUUAAACAGCUUGAAGAAUUUUUGAAGCGCAGUGGAUUUUCAUCAAGCAGCGACGACGGUGAAGACCCUGAUAUUAGAUUAAGAUCUUAUGUUAGAAAAUUUUUGGCGCUAAAAAUGAAUAAAGAUGCUGUCAAAGCUGAAAUGCUUGAAUCACAGAAAAAAACAGUCAGUUUUGCUGUUAAUAGACGACCAUAUUUAGAUAGUAAAAUUUUACAACUGGAUAUUAAAGAUUGUCAUGAUGAUUUUGAUAAAAAAAUUAAUUUUGAUGACAAACAAAUAAUGAUUAACUCUGUUAAUAAAGCUGUUGAUUUAUUAAUUAAAUUUUGGAAUACGCAAGUAGACUCAAGAUCUGUUGAUUAUAAUGAUAAAAUAGAAUGUUCACAAAUAUGUUUAAGUAACUUAUGCCCGGCAUUAUAUGCAAUAAUGUCUGAUGGUUUAAAACCACAAAUAAAUUCAACUUUUGGUCCUAUUGCUAACAGUGUUUGGCAAGUUGUUGAAGCAUCAUCACAACAGGGGCCACUUACAAAUACACUUAAUGAAUUAGUUAAAAAAAUAAAUAGCGAAGAUUUUAUGACUGAAGGAUUACUUAAAUUUCAUGCCUUUGUAUUUGGGUUAUUAAAUUUACGGGCAUUAGAUGCAUGGUUUGCAUAUUUAUGUACACGUGAAACAAUAUUACGUAAACAUUAUACUAGUAGUAGUUUAUUUGUUUGUGGUAUUGGUUGCGCAAAUUCACGUAAAUUAAUUGAUAAUUUUCUUAGUAUUUUAGAUCCACUUGCAUUUUGUCCAUUCCAAUUAGAUCUUUUAUAUCAGUAUCGGCAAUUACAUAACAGUUUUAGUCAUGUUAAUAAUAUUAUAACAAAUGAUAAUAAUAUUAUUGUGACAAAAGAUAAUUUUGAUAAACAACAAAAUAUAUUAAUUCAAAGUCCGAAAAAAAUACGACCACGUUCUUGUGGUUUUGAUAACAAUAUCACUAAGGCUGAAAAUACAAAUGAUAUGAAAAAACGUUGGAGUAAUAUAGCUAUUGGAUCUAAAAUGUUUCCUGUAUUGGAUAAAUUAACUUGUGAUGAUUCUGAAGAUUAUACUGAUAGCUUAGAGCAUUCACCGUUAAAUCGUGCUAGUAAUCGUAAAAAUAUAACCAGAACAUCAACUGUUAAAAACGCUGAUGAUAAUGAUGAUGAUGAUGGUGAUGAUAAUCAAGAUAAUGCUGGUGCAAGUGGAUUGAAAUUUAAAAGAUUACAAGAAAAAUGGGAAUUAAUGGUUGGUAAAGAUGACACACGUGGUAGAGAAACUAAUAAUACAACAUCACCAUCAUCACCACUUAGAACUCCUACUGGUGUUACUAAAUCUAAAAUUCCUCGGCUAUUGACAUCACCAAUAAAACAACCAACAAAUAGUCUGACUGGUACGAAAAAUAAAACUGUUACUGGUAUACCUGUUAAAAAAUCAAUUCCCAGUACAACAAAUAAAAUUUUGCCGAAAAAACCAACAGAUUCAAAACUUAAAGAAUCAUCUAGACGCACUAGUCGUGUUGAUCAAGAUCAUAAUGUCACUCCAAGAACACAUUUAACGCGCCCGAGUUCAUUACCUUAUAAAUCUUAUGCUCUCAAUGCUAAAGAAAAAAAUUUGAUUUCACCACAGAGACGUGCUGUUUCAACAUCUUUACCAAGACCAAAUACUCCAGCUGCUUCAAAAGCUAAUACUCAAUUAAAACGUCCAGUAAAAGAAGUGCGCACUCUAACUCAUCGACUUCCGUCAGACAAUGGCCACUUAUCUUUUAACGAAGGCGACCGACUGAAAGUUAUCUUGGAAGUAGAUAGCAAAUGGUUAUUAUGCGCAAAGGGUGAUCGUAAGGGCUUAGUACCAAGAGCUUGCGUGCACGUUUGUCAGACUUAGCCCAAGAUAAAUAUCACCAUGAAAAUUUAAAAUUCACUAUCGAUAUUUAAAAAAAAAAGUAAGAAUGAAUAUAUAUGAAAGUCACAGAAUUCAUUAAUUUAGGCUGGCAAUAAUGCCUCGCACUAGUGUCAUUAAAAUUCGUGUCAUAUUAAUAAAAAUAAAAAUUAAUGACUAAUUAUUUUAGUUUAAUGUACAGUGUAACAAAGAUUUAAAUGAAGAGUAAGAAAAUGAUUAAAAAAAAAAGUAAAUAAUGAUAAUAAAAAAACUAAUCAAGUAUUAAUUAAUGUUAAUGACUAUGACAAAGAUUAAUGUUUAUUAUAUUAAUUAAUAAUAUAUUUUUAUUUUUAAAUUAAUCAUAGAAUUUCAUUAACGUCAUUAACUGAAUGAAAAAAAUUAUAUGACAAGAAAAAAUAAUAACUAGUCAUCUCUCGAUACCAGAUUGUAUUUAAUUAUCUAAAGAGAACAUAUUUAUAUCCAUUGUACAUAUAUACAGUGUAACGACAAUUUAAAAUGUAACGUUAAUAAUUAAGUAGUAAUAACAUACUGUCAUUAUAAUCAUUAUUAUUAUUUUUAUUAUUAUAGUUAUUAUUAUAUAAAUGUAACUGUGAUAAUCAGGAAAAUAAGUUUAUCAGUUUGUUUAGUUUUAUCCUUUAAUAUUAAUUUAAAAUGAAUUAAUUUUAGUGACGUUUAAUUUAAAAAUUAUGACAUUAUUUAAAAAAUGUUAUCUCUACAACUCACAUUUACUUUUUAUUUAAACAUUAGCAAUAUUGUAUUUGGUAAUAUUUAAAAUAAUCUUUUUUUACUUGCUUACUGCUUACUGUAUCUUGUGUAUGUGACCCUUGCAUAUCGAUUUAAGUUUUAAUUUAAAGUAAGUAAUAGUACUUUAGUAAUGAUAGUUAUACUAUUUCACUGUACAGUUUAAUGUUACUUAUUAUUAUGCAAUAAUGCUCGAGUUUAGAUACUUAGAACCAUAAUUAUAAAGAAGAAAAAAUUAUAAAAUAAUUUAUUAUUUAAAAAUAAAGAUGAUAAAAAAUAAUUGUGAACAAAAAUGUAUGUAUAUAUUCGAUGUAUGAAAUAAUUUAUCUUUAUAUAGCUUUGCUAAAAAAAAAACUAUAAUCAUUAUGUUAAAUCACAAAGAUAUAUAAUAAAACAAUAAGAUUGAAGAAAUGGUUUGUCAUUAUGCAGAUUAAAGACUUGAAUUUUUAUAUCUGAUUUAUAUAUUUUAAUUAUUUAUAUGUUUAAAUAUUGUGAUUGUUGUUAAAAAAAAAUGAUUUAAAGAAUCUCAAAAUGCUGGAAAUUCAUUAAAUAAUUAUAAUACUGAAAGAAGCAGACAUCAGGCAAUUUUACUAUUUUUAUAAAUAAAUUACUUGUGUAGAAAAUUUUCUGAAAAUACACUAGCAAAAUUUUUUUAAUAGGGGAAAGAGGGGAAGAGGUCUGAGACACAACAAAAAAGAGGAUAUUUUCGUGAUUUUUUUUUCAGAGUAUCUUCUUUAUUAAAAUUCUUAAAAUUUGUGACAUUAUUAAGCAUCAUUGCAAGAAUAUUCUGCUAAAUUUUCAUAAAAAAAUAUUGAAAAAUAAGCCAGUGGUAGUGGGGAGAGACGAGUCACUUCAAAAAAGUCUCCAUGCCGAAGGCAGGAUAACUCAUGACUGCCUCAUCUGAAAUCAAAAAAACCAAAAAGUUUUCUUUAGUACAUAAGUUUACCUUCGAUUUGAACGAAGGAUUUCUUUUA